AUGUUUUCGUCCAUCCGUCCUCCCCGCCAAACCAUCGGCUCAUCAUUAUCAUCCGUGCGAAACCUCGCCUGCAGGCAGAACAACAGACCGUUCUCUGCGGCUAGUAGUGCAUACAGCAGUAGCAAUGCAAACAUCCUGCUCCAGGACAAGGACAAUGGCUUUGGGUUUGCACGCUCCAAUCCCCGGCCGAAGAAGCCUCGGAUGAAGGGUGUUACCGAGAUUAGAGGGCCUUAUUAUACUGUCAUGGGUAAACGGUAUCUGGCGGAUAUACUGGAGACCAUGGGCACACAUGUGGACGGUCUGAAAUUUGCGGGAGGCUCCUUCUCCCUUUUCGAAGAAAAGCCGCUGCGGGAGUUGAUCGACCUAGCCCAUUCACAUGGCGUUUAUGUAUCCACGGGCGGAUGGGCAGAACACCUCCUAACCCAUGCCGAUGUCGAGACAGUAUUUGACAAAUAUCUGCGGAAAUGCAAGGAUCUCGGUUUCGACGUCAUAGAAAUAUCGUCUGGCUUCCUCUCCAUCCCCCCCGACGACUGGCUCCGGCUCGUCGACAAAGUACACGCCUACGACCUCAAAGCGAAGCCGGAAUUGGGCAUUCAAUUCGGUGCCGGCGGCGACACAGCAGCCGGCGAUCUCGAAGCCAUCGGCACCUCUGAUCCCGGCAAGCUGGUCAAUCUUGGGCGGAAAUUCCUCGAUGCAGGCGUCGAGCGACUCAUGAUCGAAUCCGAGGGGAUCACGGAGAACGUCAAGUCGUGGCGCACAGACGUGGUGAGCACGAUCAUGAAGGAGCUGCCCAUGGAGCGAGUCAUGUUCGAAGCCGCCGAUCCGAAGGUGUACAAUUGGUACAUUCGCGAGUUUGGUGUCGACGUGAAUGUCUUCGUGGAUCAUUCGCAGAUUGUGCAGUUGUCGUGUUUGCGUCAUGGGAUUUGGGGCAUGGCUGAUACGUUUGGCAAGGUGGUGUCUUACCGACCUGAGUGA